GGUUUCCUUCGACUCGGCAUUUAAAUUGAGCUGCAGGACAUCAGCUGCGGCUACAUUCAGCGCCGUGCUCUGACAGAAAAUAACCCGCAGCAUUAGCAAAACAGGCUACUCUUAUUUUUUUACACGAAAUAGACAGAAAUACCUGAUGGUCUGAGGAGGUUUGGGGUGUUUUGUGUGAAGAAGAGCGGGAGAGGUUAAACAAUAACGGAGGCUGUGCUCUGACAGCAGCUCGGUGCAUCAUUUUUGGGAUUCCUCUGCUAGCUGUUGGACGAAAUUGAAUAGCGGUAACGGGAUGCUAUGCUUGAGCGGAAUUAUUUAGGCUUUUUUGAGCAGUGUUUGUUUUCUAAAAGAGAUUGGUAAACAAAGUUAUUGAAUGCAGUGUUUUUUUUUGGCCCAGGAGCAAAAGUGGCCUGGACUUGGAUGACCCAUGGACCUGAUGAUGAGAGUGCAUUUGAUGAUUAAGGUUUAAAUUCUGAAAAAUAUCCUACAAUUUGGAUAUUUUCUUAUCAGUUGAAGACAUUUACCCGUACAAAAUACAGGCCUGAAAUAAAUAACCUUCAACUGGGGUGGCUCAAUAUUAUCAAUAACAACAGUCACCACCCAUUAUUUAAUCUAUACAUUUAUUUUUCUUCUUUUUGGGGACAUUUCCUGUUGAAUACAACCAGGAAAAAAAGUAAAUAAAUUAUUUUUUGUGUUUAUGUCACGAUUAAUUAUUUUUGUUUAUUUUUUGACUCUCAACUAGGUUAGAUCUUAGCUUCACUUUCUUUUUGUGUUAUUUGUAAGGAAAUCUCUACCCGCUCUUAAGAAGAGUGUUUGAUCCCUCAAGGACAUUUGUAGAUCUGUCAGGUUAAACCUAUAACCUGUCAGUCAACAAGAAAAUAAUCUGACACGAGUGACCAACAGCAUCUUUGACCAGUUCAGCAGCCAUGUUCAGCUGGCUUGGGAGCGACGACAGGAGGAAGAAGGAUCCAGAAGUCUUUCAGACCGUGGGUGAUGGACUGAAGAAGCUCUACAGAACCAAACUCCUGCCGCUGGAGGAGGCUUACAAGUUUCACGAGUUCCACUCCCCGGCCCUGGAGGAUGCAGACUUUGACAACAAGCCUAUGGUCCUACUGGUGGGACAGUACUCCACCGGCAAGACAAGCUUCAUACGCUACCUGUUGGAGCAGGAUUUCCCCGGUAUGCGUAUCGGCCCAGAACCCACCACAGAUUCCUUCAUCGCGGUGAUGCACGGCGACAACGAAGGAGUCAUCCCGGGAAACGCUUUGGUGGUUGACCCCAAGAAGCCCUUCAGAAAGCUCAACGCAUUUGGAAACGCAUUCCUCAACAGUUGGGUCCUCAUCCUCCUUAUCCCUGCAGGCUAUGACUUUGCGGCUGUCUUGGAGUGGUUUGCAGAGCGAGUGGACAGGAUCAUUUUGCUGUUUGACGCCCACAAACUGGACAUCUCUGACGAGUUCUCAGACGUGAUAAAGGCCCUGAAGAACCAUGAGGACAAGAUCAGGGUCGUGCUGAACAAGGCCGACCAGAUAGAGACACAGCAGUUGAUGAGAGUGUAUGGAGCCCUAAUGUGGUCACUGGGGAAAAUAGUCAACACCCCUGAGGUGAUCCGCGUCUACAUCGGGUCAUUUUGGUCCCAUCCUCUGUUGAUCCCGGACAACAGGAAGCUGUUCGAAGCGGAAGAGCAGGACUUAUUUAAAGACAUUCAGUCUUUACCGAGAAAUGCAGCGCUUAGAAAACUCAACGAUCUGAUCAAGAGGGCAAGACUAGCCAAGGUCCAUGCCUACAUCAUCAGCGCUCUGAAGAAAGACAUGCCCGCUGUGUUCGGAAAGGAGAACAAGAAGAAGGAACUGAUUGGCAGUCUGGGAGAUAUUUACAAACGCAUUGAAAGAGAGCAUCAGAUAUCACCGGGAGAUUUCCCUAAUCUGAAGAAGAUGCAGGACCUACUCCAAUCUCAGGAUCUCAACAAAUUCCAGCCUCUGAAACCCAAACUCCUGGAGGCAGUGGACGACAUGCUGAGCCACGACAUCGCCGGCUUAAUGGUUCUGGUCCGCCAGGAAGAAAACCAGCGUCCCAAACCCGUUGUGAAAGGUGGAGCGUUUGACGGCACUUUGGACGGCCCGUUUGGCCACGGGUACGGAGAAGGAGCCGGCGAAGGCAUCGACGACGCAGAGUGGGUGGUCGUACGAGACAAACCCGCCUACGACGAGAUCUUCUACACGUUGUCUCCCGUCAACGGAAAGGUGACGGGUGCCAACGCCAAGAGGGAGAUGGUGAAGUCAAAACUGCCCAACACGGUGCUGGGAAAGAUCUGGAAGCUGGCAGACAUCGAUAAGGACGGGAUGCUUGACGAUGAGGAGUUUGCGUUGGCCAAUCACCUGAUCAAAGUGAAACUGGAGGGACACGAACUGCCAUCGGACCUGCCCGCACACCUGGUGCCGCCCUCCAAGAGGAAAAUAUCUGAGUAAAUGUACGAUUACAUCAUUCCCUGCACCAAUGACCUGUAAGUAGACCCAUCCCCUCCACCCAGAGAAAAGUAUCAAAGUAGAAUAGAAAUAUUCCUGUAGCAUUAUAGCAAAAAUGUUUUAACAAAAUUAAACCACGUUUCCAACUCACAAUGUUGCUCUGCUGCUGCCCUCCCCACAUGGGCAGACUUUCAUUAGCUUCAAGAGGCAAAUAAUAAAGCUAAAUAUUCAGUUACAUUCAAAUAAUGAACAUGAAUGCCAAUCAGCUAUUAGCAUGUGAAUUCAAAUGCUACAUGUCUGCAGUGUUGCAAUAGCUUUUACCAUGGUAGAAAAUCUGGAUCGUAAUGAGUUCUCCCAUUUAAGUAUUUGGCUUUUAAGGGUGAGAUAUCUGGAACUGAUAGGCAGGACAGGUGUUAGAGUGAGAGCAAAGUUUGAAAAAUAUAUGAAAGGAUAUUAAAAGUCUAAAGUAAGAAACACUGGAAUACAACUUAAUGUAAGGUAAUCCAAACUACUGGAGGAAAAUGGGAGAAAUACGCAACAAUGUGAAGACGAAAAGAGAGUUGGAAGGAUCAUUCCACGGCAUGUAAAAAUGCAAAUUAUUAUUGUAUGUAUGGUAAUGAAUACAGAUAUCUCAUGUUUGAGUGCAAAGUUCCCUUAUCUCAUGGUAUUGUUCAGUCUUGAGGCGCGGCUGAGUUUUCUGGCUUUUGUUUCAUGGCGCAGAUUAAAAAGGCUCCAAGGAAUAUCUGGCAAUUGCUUGAGAUACAAAAAUGUGUAGAAGCACACACACACACACACACAAGGAAAAAUAACACAAUUCUCAUGAAUUGUGUCCAGAGCAGGGAAAAUUACCUACAAACAUUUGUUUUGUUAUUUUAAAUGUGAUAUGCAGAUGUUGAUAUUUGUGUAAACCAUUUUACUGUAGCACAUAGAUUUUUUUUUUCUUCCAAUGGGGACAAAAACUAAGGAUAACCAUUAGUUUGUUUCUUUUAUGAUUUUAGAUCUAAAUAUGAACAUGUUUGGAAUACUGUGACUAUAACAUGGAACUAUAUAAUGAGUAUUGUUUCAAGUAUUCAGACAUACUCAGUAAAAUGUUAUUGUAAGGACUUUGAAUGUUGAAUGUGAAGGCGUUCUUGGUUCUGUGUGGGCACAUCCUGAGUGACUAUUGAAUGACCAUAUGUAUCACUGUCAUCAUUUGUAACGUAUUAAGCAUUUCACAGGUUAUUGAGCUGUGAGUGGAUUGUUGAUUGAAAAUGGAUGAAUAUGUUAUUGUUCACAUUGUAAACUAUUAUAAAGAGAGAAAACACACAGCUGUUCUUUUGUGAUGAUAAAAAAAAAACACUACUUUAAAUGUUUUUAAAUGAAAUUUGGCUUUUCAUUUAAUGUCCAAAUUGUAUACAUCUAAUUGGAUUUACUGUAUUCCAGUAUGUAUGUAAAAUUACUAACAUUAGGAACUUGUUUGUGGUUAAUCAUAACAUUAGACCAACUAAACUUGGGUUCCCAUAUAAUAAGAAAUAAUCACUUUGUGUUUUACGAGUGAGUUUGAGUUCCAGAAUGAUAUAUUUCUGUGCCCCUCCCUCUCCGUGUGUCUCUGUGCCGUUACUGUGAAUCUACUGUACAUACUAAGGCUGUUUGCAUUCCAUGAACACAGAUUGAGGAACACAAUCCUCAUCAUCUCGAGUGCUUUAUGCAUCACUUGCUCAUAUUUCACAGCUCAGAUCAACAAAGUAAAUAUAAAAAAGGGUUAUUGUUGAAUGUGGAUUCUCUGCAUGACAAAGUCCUUGAAAUUCACAAGUUGUUUUCAUACCCUGACAGAUUGCAACAUGAAGUGGAGACAAAGGGGAUAGUUUUUUUUUCAGUUUUAAGAUGGGUAUGCAUUUGCUAAAUCUGUAUUUCACUGCUAUUCUGUACAUGAACAGUCCAAAAAUGUAAUAAAAUUCAUUUACUCAA